AAACGAUCCUCAAUACCACUCCACAGCACAUCUUUCACACACUUCCCUCAGCAACAAAUACAGAAGCAAGCCACCAUGGUUGCAAAAAAUCAAUUCUAUCAUAUUUCACUGACAUUGCUGUUCUGCAUGGGAUUCUGGGGUUUCCAAGUCACAUGUCGCACUCUCCAAGAUGUCUCCAUGUAUGAGAGGCAUGAAGAAUGGAUGAGUCGUUAUGGCAUAGUGUACAAGGACCCUCAGGAAAGGGAAAAACGUUUCAGAAUAUUCAAGCAAAAUGUGAAUUACAUCGAAGCCUCCAACAAUGCUGCCAAUAAACCUUACCAGCUAGGCACUAAUCAAUUUGCAGACCUCACCAACGAGGAGUUCGUAGCACGCAGAAAUAGGUUCAAGGGCCACAUGUGUUCCUCAAUCAUAAGAUCAACCACUUUUAAAUAUGAAAAUGUGACUGCAGUUCCUACCACAGUUGACUGGAGGCAAAAGGGUGCAGUUACACCCGUGAAGAACCAAGGUCAAUGUGGAUGUUGUUGGGCGUUUUCCGCGGUUGCAGCAACUGAAGGAAUUCAUGCACUGACUACUGGAAAACUGAUCUCUUUGUCUGAACAAGAACUUGUUGAUUGUGAUACAAAAGGUGUGGACCAGGGUUGUGAAGGUGGUUUAAUGGAUGAUGCUUUCAAAUUCAUCAUUAAAAAUCAUGGACUCAACACUGAAGCCAAUUACCCCUACAAGGGUGUUGAUGGAAAAUGCAAUGCAAAGGCAGAAGCCAUCGAUGCUGCAACCAUUACUGGCUACGAAGAUGUCCCUGUUAACAAUGAGGACGCCCUUGAGAAAGCUGUUGCAAAUCAACCAGUUUCUGUAGCCAUUGAUGCCAGUGGUUCUGACUUUCAAUUGUACAAGAGUGGUGUUUUCACUGGUUCCUGUGGAACUGAGCUGGAUCACGGUGUAACUGCUGUGGGAUAUGGUGUUAGUGAUGAUGGGAGGAAGUAUUGGUUAGUUAAGAAUUCAUGGGGCACAGAGUGGGGUGAAGAAGGCUACAUUCGAAUGCAAAGAGGUGCUGCUGCUGAGGAGGGACUAUGUGGGAUAGCUAUGAUGGCUUCUUACCCUACUGCAUAAUUACAAAACUAUUCCUCUACUAGUUACACUUAUUCCUAUAUUUAUACCUAUAUAAUGAAAUGAAAUAUUAGUAUGUUGUAAUGAUUUUAUUGUGGAUCAUAAUUUAUAUAUGUUAUUCUA